AGGUCUUGGCAGGACGCGGGCAUCAGGGAAGGUUCCAGAAGGUCUUCGCAGGACACGGGGUCACGGGGAAGGUUCCAAAAGGUUGAAGCCCCACAGGGACGAUGCUCCUCUUGGCCUUACUGCUCCUCCCGGGCUGGCCCCUGGGCUUCGCUGACUCAGCAUGGACCUAUAAUUUGAAAUGCCAUGACUGUUGGGCCAUAAACAGCUUCACCUGUCCAAAUGUUAGAGAGUGUCCUUAUGAAUUCAGGCGCUGCCUGACUGUCUCCACUCGUUUGAGUCCUCGGGAACUGCUCGUUUACAAGAACUGUACAGACAACUGCACGUUUGUGUAUGCAGCCCAUCAGCCUCCUGAAGCCCCCAGAAAAAGAUAUUUUCUUACUAACAGUUUCUACUGGGUUAGUUGUUGUAGUUCUAUGACUUGCAAUUAUGGAGGACCUACUAAUCUUGAGAGGGACAUCUUACCCGAUUAUACAGUUGAGGAGGAACUCGAAGGAACUGUGCGACCAGGGGGGUCAACCUUGUUCCUGAGCUUUGUCUCCAUCCUAGUCAGCAAAACACUGGCGUGAGAAGCCCCUGUGGAGGGACCGAUCGUCUCCCUGUUUCACAGAAUGAGUUGGUGGUCCUUUGCUUUCUUGUGAGCCAGAGACACGGACCCCCCAGGGGCCCCCUUGGCGAGUUACCCAUUGAGGGCUUGUUUCAAGUGAGAA